AGACUUCGCUCAAAAGCGUCUCAUCUCUCCUCACAUGAAAAAGUGAAGAGACAUUAGAGAAAACUGGGCGCUUUGAGCGCUUUGAGCGAAGUCUGGCCGGGCUCUUUUGCCCUGGUUGAGUUAGAAAAUGGUCAGUGGCUCGCGUAGUCUCCUAGGUACCAACGCGCGCGGAUGCCAAUCAACGCCCUACCGCAUUCCUUCGCCGCGGUAAUUUGCAAUAUUUGAACUCAUUGCCAGCUGCUUUGAUCAUGUUAGUCCUUCAGAUCAACAUAUCAUCGGCUCCCAGAGUCGUGUGGAGGCAGGUUGCGGUCUUCUCCUGUAUAUAAUGAUAAACCUGUUAAACCUCCUCGUUAAAGCAUUGUUUUUCGUACUCUCUCGUUAAGUUUCUCCUUAUAAUCAGGGAAAGCCCGCAACCCGCUUCCACACGAAUGUGGAAGCAGAUCAUAACUUUGUUUUUCUCCCAGCUGUUGAGGAAAAUGAGUUUCGCCGGUUUUCAUAGGUGCUGAAAUCGUUCAAGUCUUUCAUGCUCUCGGCUACGCGUUUCAGCUGUCACGUCUCCAUCCCUGCUAUAACUAAGAGGGAACCCUGAAAAAUAUUGAUGCUCAUUCGUAUAGCCGGUAGUUCCUAGAUUCGCCUUUACUACAUACGGAGUAGUGCAGAUUAUUGUACUCAUUGGGUUUUCGUUGUGUUUUUUUUAUUCUACUUACACUCAAAUAAAUGUUCACAGCGAGUGUUUUGUGUGAAUUUCCAUAGCUGCUCCUGAAUCAUCUUCAACUUGCGGCAAGUCGAAUGAAUUCGGAGAAGUUGUCUCAAGCUAGUCCCUCCAAUUGCACUUAUUGCUACUCUUUGAACUGCAAUAUUCGUGUCGAAUCCAUAUCAAAUGUGCACAAGCAAGGUUCAAUUACAUCCAAGUCAUCUGUUCUCACUAUCGGGAGGGAUUUGGCACGUCAGAUUGUGCUGCAGGUAGAGCUGGGUACGGCUUCCGGUGGUCGACCAGCAGUUGCUUCUUAUGGGCUCGCAGAUUGCGUUAUACAUCAGCGAAAGAUUUCAGAAGGAAAAGCAUCUAUAGAAGUUCCGGAAAGAAAACUGGUUAUACAGCUUUCAAAUUGUGCUCCUCGAAAACUGAAUGUUUUCCUGAAGACUGUACAAGCUAAACUUGACAUCAUGAAGUCGCACACCAAUCAAACCAAGGGACAGUAUCACACACCCGUCACAAUAGCCAGAAACAAGCAUUUGCGUGACCUUCCAAACCUCCAUACAGUACUCAGCCCGCUGAGUGUCGACGAGAUUCGCCAAGUGAAAAGGUUGCGCGGUGUAGCAGACUCACCAUUAUGCGUACCGAAAACUACGCCUUCACGACGUCCAAAUCCAGAAUCAACUACACCAAAGGCUGCACGGAAAUCACUGCUGAAGGACGUCCCCAAUAAAAGUUUUGGAGCCAUACAAUUAUCUGACGAGCAACGUGCGGUCGUCAGAUGUGUACUGCAAUCCCAUCAGAAUGUAUUCUUCACUGGCAGUGCUGGAACUGGAAAAUCUGUUGUAUUGCGGCGUAUCAUCGAAAUGCUACCAGCAGCUACCACGUAUGUUACUGCUGCUACUGGGGUCGCUGCAUGUCAGUUGGGUGGUGUAACACUGCACAGUUUUGCUGGCAUAGGAGUGGGACGAGGCACUCCUGAGCAGUCGUUGGCGCAAGCAUUGUCGAAGGAUAUCGUUGUGAAACAAUGGAAACUAUGCACCCAUCUUGUCAUUGAUGAAAUUUCAAUGAUUGAUGCUGACUUCUUCACCAAGAUAGAAUACGUUGAGCGGCACAUUCGAGGCGACGAUCGUCCUUUUGGCGGGAUUCAGCUUAUCAUAACAGGCGACUUCCUUCAGUUGCCUCCAGUAUGUGGCAGAAAUGAUACCAUCAAAUUUUGUUUUGAGUGCAAUGCAUGGACAAAGUCAAUUCAAAAGACCCUUCUCUUGGAAAAAGUACGCCGUCAGGACGACACACGUUUCGUAGACGUCCUACAGCAAAUUCGAUUUGGAAGGUGUGGAACUGAAGCCUGUGCAGCGCUAACCGAAACGCAGAAAAAUAAUUUCUCAACAUCGGGUAUCAUUCCUACCAGGCUUUGCACGCACACAGCAGAUGCUGCAGCAGUAAACAACCGUUGUUUGGAAGAACUUGAAGGGCCUUCUAAAGUGUUCGAAGCUGAGGACAGUCAAUACAUUCCUGACUCAAUCCAAUGUAUGGUUCCAAAGAAGUUGAUGUUGAAGCUUCGUACACAGGUGAUGCUUACGAAGAACAUUGAUCUCAUGCGUGGACUGUCAAAUGGCUCUAGAGGUGUUGUGAACAAAUUCUCUAAAACGGGGUACCCUAUUGUCAAAUUUGUCUCUGCCGAUGAAGAAGUAGAGGUGAAACCUAUACGAUUUGCUGUACGCAUACCGGGCUGUGAGGAACCAGCUUGCAGACGACAGCUACCUCUGCAGCUUGCAUGGGCUAUUUCUAUCCACAAGUCGCAGGGCUUGACGCUUGACGCUGUUGAAGUCAGCUUGGAAAGGGUUUUUGCUGAAGGCCAAUCGUAUGUUGCAUUGUCUAGAGCCCGAAACCUCUCUUCACUUCGCGUUCUUGCAUUUGACCCAUCCGUAGUAAAGGCGAAUGCGAAAGUGGUGAAAUAUUACGAGUCAAUCAAAGAAAAUGCAGAGGAAGAAGACGACGACAGUUUUUUGCUAAGAAAACGUUCCUGCUUAUCUUAGCCCAAUUGCUCGCGUCAGCAUCAGCUCUAUCAAAAGCUUUUCAAAGUUAUUUGUACCAUUAUCUGUGAUAUAAAUGAUCUCAGAAUAUGAUCUUUGACGACGUUCCUGUACUGCAGCAGUUUUACUUGAAUUCUUUGAUAUGUCAUCUACAGAGACAUA